GACAAUUGUUAACACGGAUUUUUUGUGGACACAUAUUUUUCUCAUUUCUUUCUAUUCUAAGUUAUCAAAAUAGAUAACAAUUAUGUUGCGUUACAAUUCCCACAAUUAAAGGUGGUAAAGUUGCGCUAGCACCUAAUAAAAGUGAUAAAAUUUUGUUGGACAUGUCACUGCCGUAUCCGGGACCGCAAUGUAAUUUAGUUUCGCUUUUUAUAGACGCACACAUAUUUUGAAUGUUAUGUAACGUAUAUUAUAGUGUUUUCGCCUUUAAAUUAUUGCUGGUAAGAUGAGGACGGUGGCACUGAUCAGCGGCGGCAAGGACAGCUGCUACAACAUGAUGCAGUGUGUCGCCGCCGGCCACGAGAUUGUCGCUCUGGCCAACCUCCAACCGCUACAGAAAGAUGAACUGGAUAGUUAUAUGUACCAAACAGUAGGUCACCAAGGAAUUGAUUUGUAUGCUGAAGCAAUGGAACUCCCUCUCUAUAGAGAGGUCAUUACAGGGGUGGCUGUAGACCAAGGUAGAAAUUAUGAGCCCACAGAAAACGAUGAGGUUGAAGAUCUGUACAGGUUGAUUUCAAGAAUAAAGGACGAAUUAGAUAUUGAAGCAGUGGCUGUUGGUGCAAUUUUGUCAGAUUACCAAAGAAUAAGGGUUGAAAAUGUAUGUCAAAGAUUAGGUUUAGUUGCUCUUGCAUACCUGUGGAGGAGAAACCAAAAAGAACUGCUCCAAGAAAUGAUAUUAAACGGCGUAGAGGCCAUCAUAAUUAAGGUCGCCGCACUGGGAUUAGAUCCUCGAGUGCACCUUGGCUUGACCAUCCAAGAAAUCCAGCCACACCUUCUAAUGAUGAAGGAGAAGUACAGCCUCAACGUGUGCGGCGAAGGUGGGGAGUAUGAGACUUUCACCCUCGACUGUCCACUCUUCAGGAAACGAUUGGUUAUAGAUGAGAAAGAGAUGGUACUACACACAGACGACCCCGUAGCACCGGUAGGUUACCUAAACCUAAAGCUGCACCUCGAACCAAAAGAGAACUCAUUGAUCAAACUACCUGCAACUGUCAAAAACUCCUUAGAUUAUAUAAAUGAUCUAAGCGACGGCGUGUUCAGCGACCUUAGCGAUAUAGAGCCAAGUGAAUCGGAACUAGAAUCGUUAGAGAAGUUAGAAAAAGAAGAGAAAAAGAAACAGAAUGAACUGAAUCCAUUGCUCACAUAUUCGGGGGACAGGGCUGAUGUAUCUAGUGUAGACGAGUUGGACAGGCAAAAUGAUAGCAUAGACAAUAUAGAUGACGGGUAUAGUUACGAACAGGUGGAUGACGAGUGCCAUAGACAACCUGUGUCGGAUCAUAGAUCGAUAUAUGGGAAUAAACAUGGCUGGUACUUUAUCGGCGGCAUUACCGGUGACGGCGUGGACAUUAGGGUGGCGACAGAGGACGCUAUGAAAAAACUCAUCAACCUACUGGACUCUGAAGGCUUGACUGUCAAGGAUGUCUGCUCAGUGAACAUUUAUAUGCGGGAUAUGGAAGAGUACGCGACCCUCAACGAGAUCUAUGCGGACAAUUUCCGCUUCCCGAACCCCCCUACACGUGUGUGCGUCCAAUGCCCUCUGCCGAGCGAUGUUGGACUUAUUUUGGAUGCUGUUGCACACAGAGCUGUCCCCAACAACCAUGAGACUGACACUAACUCGAAAGAGCGAGUGACAAUGCACGUACAGGGUAUUUCACAUUGGGCUCCAGCCAACAUUGGACCAUAUAGUCAAGCUAUUAAGGUGGGCGAGGUGAUCGGCACGUGCGGGCAGAUCGCGCUGGUGCCGGGCAGCAUGCAGCUGGCGGGCGGCGGCGCGCGGCGGCAGUGCGCGCUCGCGCUGCGCCACCUCACGCGCGUGCUGCGCGCCGCGCACCCGCGCGCACACAUGCGCGCCGUCGUACAGAGCGUGUGCUACACGACUGGCGCCCGUUGCGUGGGCGAGGCGCGGCGGCAGCUGGAGCGGCGCACGGCGGGCGCCAUCGUGCAGUACGCGGUGGUGCAGGCCCUGCCGCGUCACGCGCAGCUCGAGUGGCACGCCUGGGCGCACACCGACAACAACAGGUUCGACUACGAAGAGACUGGAUGUAAUAUUGGCGAAUACAAAGUGGCAAUAACAAGGCGGUGGAAUUAUGAAAACACUGUCGCUGCAUUCGUGUGUUACGUGGCAACAGGGUCGUCCCCGUCGACGUGCCAGCUGUCGUUCCCGAGCGAGGAGGCGUGCCACUCGCACCGGGAGCUCGCCUCGCAGAUGCGACGCGAGGACUUGGAAGCGGUACUCGAGUACGCGCUCAAGAAGCUGCUCAACGACACAAGGGAAGCGGAGUCCAGUCCCGCCGUUAAGAUGAGAAUAUUCUAUCAGGCGUGGAGCGCGCCGCCGGCGGCGCUGCUGGCGGCGGCGGCGGCGGCGGCGCGCCGGCGGCUGCGCGUGCGCGCGGCGGCCACGCUGGUGCCCGUGGCGGCGCUGCACAACGCCUUCACCUUCCUCUCCAUCGGCGGCCUGCGGCUCGACGAGUGACCCGCAGGUAACCUGCGCGAGAAAUAAGAAUACAGAUGCUUUAUUGCCAGUUUAUAUAAUAUAUUUGCUGAAUAUUUUCAGUGUUUAUAAAAUUUUGUUAAAUAUUACGCUACCGAGUUUACCGUAUUGUAAGUCAAAUUAUAUAAAUUAUUUUUUAUUGCA